ACGUCCCUUUAAACGCGCGCCCUUUAACGCGCCUGGCUGCACUUCUGGUUGACAGACACGCUAAAGGUUUAGUCAGCGGCUGUUCCGUGGUGGUUCUGCCAGCAGGAUAGACAAUGGGUGAAUUCUUCAAAGGGAAGACCAUUGCUAUUAUCGGGGGAGGUCUGAUUGGGCGUAGCUGGGCAAUGGUAUUUGCAAGUGGUGGUUACAGAGUGAAGAUUUAUGAUAUCCAAGCUGGCCAAGCACAGCGUGCUCAAGAAGAUAUCAGCAAAGAGAUGAGAAAACUUCAAGAUUCUGGAUUUCUGAGAGGCUUGCUGAGUGCAGAAGAACAGACAAGCUUGAUUAGUAGCCAUGAUGACUUGAAAGAGACUCUUGAAAGUGCCUUCUUCAUUCAGGAGUGUAUUUAUGAAAAUCUGUUUGCAAAACAGGAGAUUUUUUGUGCUCUAGAGAGUCAUGUGGCUGAUGGCGUCAUCCUCAGUAGUUCAACCUCUUGUAUACUACCUACAAAUGUAUUCUCCAAAGUAAAGAACAGAAAGAGAUGUAUUGUGUCUCAUCCUGUGAACCCUCCAUACUAUGUAAAGCUGGUGGAACUUGUACCUCAUCCAGAAACUGACUCUACUGUAGUGGAUUUGACAUACAAUAUGAUGAAAGAGGUUGGCCAAUCUCCAGUCAGAUUAAGGCGUGAGAUUGAUGGUUUUGCCCUAAAUCGCAUACAGUAUGCAGUUAUUGCUGAAGCCUGGAGACUUGUCAAGGAUGGUAUUCUGUCAGUUCAGGAUGUUGAUGCUGUGAUGUCAGAAGGGCUAGGAAUGCGUUACGCAUUUGUUGGUCCAAUGGAGACUGUUCAUCUCAAUGCCGAAGGGCUUCACCAGUACUUUCAACAAUAUGGAGAAGGAAUAAAGCGAGUCUUGUCAUCUUUUGGACCUGUUCCAGAUUUUUCGGAUGAGGAGCUAAAGAAGAUUGACCAGGAAAUGUGCAACUGGGUCCCAUGUGAUCCCCAAAAUUUGGCUGCUAGGAGGGAGCGAAGAGAUCGUUACAUCCUUGGCCUUUGCCAACUUAAAAGCAAAGAACCUAAGUGAAGACAAAAGUAGAAUCUCUUGACAAUGAGCCUCAAGCCCUGUUGUGCUGUGCUGUUGAAAACUUAGGGAUGGAAACCAAUUUGUUUUUUUUUUAAUUCGUAAAGCUCUAGUAUGCCUUUACCUCAUGAUUAAGCCUACUGUCAAAGUCACUAAUAUACUUAGCUUUAAGGUAGUGCAGGUGGACAAAAUUAAUUUUGAACUCAAAAGACAAAAUCAAGAAUUAGUGCUUGGGCAAGGUUAUACAUUUAAACUACCGUACAUUUUGUAUAUCUUUAAUUCAAAAAUCAUUUAUGAUCCUUAGUUAUAAAUUAGAACAUUUAAUAAUGUUUGUCCAUCUCUUCACAGUUUAGACCCCUUUAUUAGUUACAUGUCUAUUUAUUACUGCCAGUAAAUAAAAAAAAAAUAUUUUCUUCUGAAACAGAUUUCUUUUUCUAUUUCACAGUCAACAGCGAGGAAUUGUUAAUUGUGGCACUCCCACCUACAGCGUAGUUGUCCUCCCUGAGACAGCAGUAGUGGAACACAAACCUAAGUGAUUCUUUACUAGGGAUGGGAAUUGAUAAGAUUUUCACGAUUCCGAUUCCAUUUUCGAUUCUGUUUAACAAUUCGAUUCUUUAUAGAUUCUCCUAUCGAUUCUUAUUUUUAAAAAAGGAGAACACACAGGCCGAUUAACUUAGAACUUUGUUUUAUAUCUUAUCUUUGAACAAGGUAGAAAUUUAGGAGUAGCAUGACCUUACAAACCCAACAGUGAGAUCUUAAGAGAUCCACAGCCUACGGCUCCUCAAUGGGGUGCCAUGGGGUCCCCAGAAAAAAAUUUGUAAAUGUAAAAUAAUAAUAAAAUAAAUAUUCUUCUGUAGCAAUAACAAAGUAUAACAUAAAUUAUUCUGUGGCAAUUACACAAGAAUGUCCAGUAACAUUUACACUCUCCUUUUUAAAAGUAUAUAUGAGCUGAGCACUCAAAAAUAAAACUACAUCAGCCAGCAACAAAUACAAUCAACUCAAGUCCAAUGGAACUGUGCACAGUGCAAUUCUGCAACCAUCAACUAUUUUGACAGCUACAUCCAUGUUGGCCGCAUUAUCAACAGUGGCAGCCACAACCUUGUCUUUGAUACCAUACUCCUCCAAGAUCUCAUCAAUCUCCUCUGCUACAGCUGUCCCUGUCUGUGCCUGGUACACUGGUUUGGUUUUGAGGACUUUUUCUUGAGCCUGGCCAUUCCUGACAUAAUGCAGCGUUACUGUGAGGUAAUGAUCUUGACUAAAACUUGCCCAUCCAUCUGCAGUGACAGCUGCCUUCAACACAUGUUUCAGCUCAGAAAUGGAAACGGAUGAAACAUCUGGUAAGAGGAGAACACGCAAAUUUGACAUUCCCUGACUUAGCAUACAAUUAAACACAUUCACUUACCGAAAAUCGGGGGCAUCUACUGUGGCAAAUGGGUGCAAGCCUUUUACCACAAACUUAGUCACUGCUCGGUGACAUUCGUCUAUCCUGGCCUGUGUCAUUUUACUUUUCCCCGCCUCUGUGAAAGGAGAAGCUACCGGUAGACUGCAGCGAGAACUGCCAGCAUCUGAGACAGCCUGACUCUGUCUGUCUCUCUCGUUAUGGUCAUCUAAAUGCAAUGGACAAUAAUAGCAGGUUUUGCAAUAAGGCAAAUCGCGCUAACAUAAUAUGCAAUGUUAGUUGAUUAGUUACCUGCCGUAUUAACGGGAGAGGACCUGCAAACGUUACCGCUGCUGCUGGGUUGAGAUUCACUAGUCUGGAGCGGAUCAAAAACACAACAUUCAUUUAAGGUUAUCGCGUGUUUUGUGUGCAAAUGCUUUUGCAUAUUCGUAGUGUUUCCUCCCUUUGAUGAAAUAUCUACUUUGUAAGUUGCACUGUUGUCAUCCUUUCUCGUAAAGUAUAACCAAACUUUUGAGCAUUUGUGCCGCUUAGGCGCCAUGUUUCCGGCUGGGUAAAUGACGCUACGCAACGCGGUGACGUCAUUUGAGGCGACUGGAAUCGAUAGGGGAAUCGUUUGCAAAAAUGGCAAACAAUUCCAAGGAAUUGAAACAGUGGGAACCGGUUCUCAACAAGAACCGGUUUUCGAUUCCCAUCCCUAUUCUUUACUGGUGAUAUCUGGGGGCUUCUCUGAGAUCACUCAGUGAAGGGGUGAGUGUAACAGGAGGGCAAGGGCAGUGGAGGCUGAGAAAGAGUGAACUUGCCACUGUUUAAUAUGAUGCCCUCCCAACUGCAACUCAAGUCAGAGGUCCAGGUUACUUGGUUGAGAUGUUACUGCUCAGCUGGAUAAUCAUCACUUCCAACUCAGGAGGCUGUUUGCUUGCAGCACAGUACUGCCGUCUCAGGGAGAUUGACUAGCAGUGAGUGGGAAUGUCACACUGAGUAAUUCCUUGCCAGUAACAAUGACCCUUCACAUUAUUAAGCCACUCGGAGCACUAAAUAAGCCACCAAACAAGACAACUUCAGUAUAACCUUCCUCCCAUGUUUUGUGAACACCUUAAUGUCCAGGGCCAUAGGGAAUUCUGAUCUAGUUUUAGUUGCCGUGGUAAAUUGUUAAAAUUAUAUCUUCAUCUUGUUUUCAACUAUAACAGGAUAUUUCUCCAAGCAUCACUGAACAGCUUCCAGAAUCUAAGAUGAUACAGUGUGGGAAUGCAUGAAAUUCAGGUAGUAAGGUUUAUCUAUCAAACAUGUGGAAAGUCGUUUGUUUUGUGCAUUGUCCCAUAGCAAUUAUAGUAGAUAUUGUUCUUGACUGUCCCACAAAUUCAGACAUGAAGAGAAUAUCUGAUACUUCAUUGAUUAUAUAAAGGAUUAUCUAAACAUUGAAAACUUGGACCAGUCACACUGAACAUGUUCAUCUUAAAAAUAUACAGUGCCUUUCACAAUCUGAAAAAUAAAAAUGACUGAACAUGUCUAUUGACCUUAUUUUCUUAUAGGUUCAUUUUUCUCUGAAAAAUAAAAAAAGAAAGUCCAAAAAAGAAAACUUUCGACUGCCAAACAUUCAUCAGCUCUGUUUUUGUGUGUGCCAUUCAUUUUACAAAUGUGUAACAGUAAGCCUUUGAGAAAGUACUGCCGCCAGGAGAAACUCAAGGGAUCAAAUGAUUUCUUUCAGCUCUCCGUCUACUAUAAUCCACUUAAAGGCAGAUCUAGCACUUGAACUUGGAAACCUGGGUUGCUAUAAGUGUGUCACGAAGGUUUAUUUAUGAGAAAACUUACUCACUGCUCUGACUUCUUAGAACAUAUCUACUUAUUCCAGUUGUAUAUGUUUAUUGUUUCUAUGUAUUUUCCUCCACAAGUCUCAUUUUCUCAAUCUCUGAUUGUCUCGCUUUUGCAAAUUAAAUUUCCCAUGCCUGUUUCUUUACAUUGAUAAAAACUUCUAUUAGUAAUUUUGCAUUUACCUUGU